UCCCACUCGUACCUUUUCCCAUUACUCCUAUCUCUCCAUCCCACUCUCCCUUCUCCCCCAUCUCACCUAUCUCUCCCGUCCUUCCCACUCUUCCCCCUCUCCCAUCUCUCCUCUCCCCCUCACGCCUCUCCUGCGGGGCAGGCCCUAUCUGGUGAACGAGCUGGAGCCGCAGUGGCUGCUGCACGACAGGAGGAAGGUGUAUGCGAAGCUGGAGGAGCACGGGCUCAUGAUGCCCACGUACGCCAUAGUGAACCGCGAGGGGGAGGGGGAGGCAGCGGAGGAGGAGUUUGAGGAGGAGGAGGACUACGUGGUCAUCGCGGGCAAGCGCAUCAACAAGCCCUUCGUUGAGAAGCCCGUGGACGGUGACGACCACAGUGUGAUGAUCUACUACCCCAGCUCCGCAGGGGGCGGCAUGAAAGAGCUUUUCAGAAAGGUGGGCAACCGCUCGAGUGAGUUCCAUCCGGACGUGCGCCAUGUGAGGCGCCAUGGCUCCUACAUCUACGAGGAGUUCCUCCCCACAGGGGGCACGGAUGUGAAGGUGUACACGGUGGGGCCGGACUAUGCGCAUGCAGAGGCACGCAAGUCCCCCGUGGUGGACGGUGUUGUCAUGCGCAGCGCUGAUGGCAAGGAGAUCCGCUACCCGGUGCUGCUCACCCCAACGGAGAAGGAAAUGGCGCGGGUCAUCUGUCUUGCCUUCGGCCAGGCGGUGUGUGGCUUUGACCUGCUGAGAUCGCACGGGCGCUCCUUCGUGUGCGAUGUCAACGGCUGGAGCUUCGUCAAGAAUUCCUCCAAGUACUACGACGAUGCAGCGUGUGUGCUGCGUAGCAUGCUGCUCCAUGCAGUGGCACCCCACCUCUACUCGCCUCUGCCCGUGCGCCUGCCUUGGUCCACUGGACCCGACGCUGCUGCAGCAGCGGCGGCGGCGUCAGCAGUGUCGGACGGCACAACAUCGCCGGACUACGAGCGCACGCUCAGUGCGAGCAGCUUCAACAGCGCGCACACGUUCGGCACGAGGGAGGAGCUGCGCUGCGUGAUUGCUGUCAUUCGCCAUGGCGACCGCACACCAAAGCAGAAGGUGAAGCUGGUGGUGACACAGGAGCGGCUGCUGAAGCUGAUGCUCAAGUACAACGGCGGCAAACCCCGCUCUGAGGCGAAGCUGAAGAGCGCAGUGCAGCUGCAGGACCUGCUGGACGCCCUGCGCGCCCUCGUGCCGCACCAGAGGGACGGCAGUGACAGCGAGACAGAGGACUUUGAGAAUGCGGAGAAGCUGAGGCAUGUGAAGGCGGUUCUGGAGGAGGGGGGGCACUUUUCGGGCAUAUACCGCAAGGCGCAGCUGAAGCCGCAGAAGUGGGAGCGCAUGCAGCGGAGGGACAGCAGCGGGGCGGAGGUGGAGGUGGACGAGCCCACGGAGGCCCUCAUGGUGCUCAAGUACGGCGGCGUGCUCACCCACGCUGGCAGGCAACAGGCGGAGCAUCUGGGUCGGGCAUUUCGAGAAGCCAUGUAUCCCGAUGAGAUGGGGUCAAAUGGAACGGGGCUGCUGCGCCUGCACAGCACGUAUCGCCACGACCUCAAGAUCUACAGCUCCGAUGAGGGCCGCGUGCAGAUGUCAGCAGCAGCGUUCACCAAGGGGCUGCUGGACCUGGAGGGGCAGCUCACGCCUAUCCUGGUUAGUCUGGUGAGCAAGGACUCGCCCAUGCUUGAUGGGCUUGACUCCGCCUCCAUCGAAAUGGAGCAUGCCAAGCGUAAGCUGGGUGAGAUGAUGACGACCAACGACCCGCCCGUGCUCUCGCCCACACAUGGCCAGCCCCCCGCGGCACACAGCCCGCGCCGGCCCUCGCAGUCUCGCCCACACUCGCGCAGCAGCAGCCACGGAGGGUUCUCAGCCAACCCUGCUGGCCCGUGGAUGACUGAUGCGCCCUGGCUGCCUGACCGCCCGCUCAGCAAGCUGCACAAGCUGGUGGAGCUGAUAAAGGCGCUGGCAGCGCACGCCAAGGAGAAGUGCCGGGAGGACGAUGUGGACGGCGCACUGGAGGCCAAGGUCGAGGAAGCUGUCAAGAAGCUUCGCAUCGUGCCCGUGCCCGCGCAGCACAAGGCUGGCGGGGAGCAGCAGCAGAAGGGUGCGGGGGAGCAGCAGGGCGGGGCGCAGCAGCAGGGGGGGGGGAAGCAGAAGGCAGUGCCGUAUGAUGGGACGGUACUGGGGAAGGCACGGUUUGAUGAGAGCCGCAUUGCUGCCGGGCUGCCGUGCGGUACGGAGGAGUUUCUGCUCAUUUUUGCGCGGUGGAAGAAGCUUGAGCGUGAUAUCUACAACCCUCGAAAGGAUCGCUUCAACAUCAGCAAGAUCCCCGACGUCUACGACUCUGCCAAGUACGACCUGGUGCACAAUCGGCAUCUGGGCCUCAAGGGGCUGGACGAGCUCUACCUGCUCGCCAAGGAGAUGGCGAACGGGGUUAUUCCAAACGAGUACGGCAUCACGCCGUACAGCAAGCUCAAGAUCGGCGCCAAGGUGGCACGGCGGCUGCUCGGCAAGAUGCUGAUAGAUCUGCACAACACGCGGGACGAGGCGGUGGCGGUGGGGCAGGCGAUGCAGCAGCACCGGCAGAGCCUGAGGGAGCAGCGAGCGGCAGCGGUGGCGGCAGCGGUGUUCAACCAGGAGCAGCAGCGGCAGAACCGCCGCUCGUCCGGUGAGGCCAAGCGGCGCUCCGAUGGGCACCCGGAGGGGGACAAUGAUGACAGCAAUGCUCAGUACCGCCUGGACCCCAAGUACGCCAACGUGCGAACGCCGCAACGCCACGUGCGCACUCGCCUCUACUUCACCUCUGAGUCGCACCUACACAGUGUGAUGAAUGUGCUGCGCUUCUGCCAGCUGGACGACUCACUGCAGGGCGAGGCGUCGCUGCUCAGUCCCGACGCCAUGACUCGCCUCUAUGAGACACGCGAGCUCGACUACCUCACUCACGUCGUGCUGCGCAUGUAUGAGAACGUCGAGGUGGAUCUGAACGACCCACGGCGAUUCCGAGUGGAGAUCAUGUUCAGCCCAGGGUCAGCCGUGAGCCCUCUCGAGGUGGAGCCAGCAAAGAAGGAUCACACAUUGCCAGUGCUCCCGCCCUUCACAGUGCAGAAUGACGCACCCGACACGCUCACCAUGCGCCGCAUGGACCGCAUGCUGCACCCCUUCGCCAUGCCGCCCGAGGACUUCCCGCCGGCCGUGCAGCCACAGGGCUUCUCUGGCCUCUUCCUCAAGGGCACUGUCUUCGAGCGCAUCGUCAACUUCUGGCCCUUCCGCAACACCGGUGGCGGCAGCAGCAAGAGCAAGACUGGCAGCAGCAACACUGUUGCUGCCGCCGUUGCGCCGGCUGCUGCUGCUGCUGCUGGUGCUGCUGGUGGGAGCAACACCCGCAUCACCUCGUCCGCCGCGCCGCUCCCACUCUCUCACUCUCGCUUGCUCCCUGCCUCUCUCGUUCCGCCCCACCUCCGUCUCUUGAUGGCCCUCGCCGCUCACCUCCUCUCCUCCUCCAUCGCCUGCCCGCGCGCCCUCGCCAGCAUCGCUCGUCUCCCCCGCGCGUGCCUCCCGCACUUGAUUCUCCCCCAGUCGUACCUCCCCCACACCGCCCGCCCGCGCUCCACCGCCGCUGCGCGCCCCGCCGCCGGCCGCAGUGAGAGGCCACGUGGCGUUGCGACCAAGGCGACGUCGCCGUUCAACGCGGAGAUGGGCGGCAGCUCGGAGGAAGGUGAGCAGCGGGGAACGGUGGGGAGCGGAGGUGAUUUCUGGGGCAGCGUAUCGAGAAGCGGUGGGGAACAGUGGGGAGCGGAGGUGAGUUCUGGGGCAGUGUAUCGAGAAGCGGUGGGGAACGCCCCCCUGGCGAGUCGGCGUUGUGUGCCGUGUGAGGGCAAGGGGCUGCUGCCGCUGCCUGCUGACCGCAUCGCCACCCUGCUACACCAGGUGGCGGGGUGGGAGGUGGUGGAGGAGGGCGGCUACCAGCGCAUCCGCCGGCAGUGGCGCACCAGGAGCUUCCUUGCAGGCCUCACGCUCUUUCAGCGCGUUGCAGAGGUUGCCGAGGCCGAAGGUCAUCAUCCCGACCUCCAUUUGGAAGGAUGGAACCAUGCGCGCAUCGACAUAUACACACACGCCAUCGGUGGGCUGCAUGAGAACGACUUUGUGCUGGCAGCCAAGAUCAACGCGCUGCGCCUGGAGGAUCUGCUUCGAAAGCCAAAGACUAAGAUUGCUGGUUGA